AUGGGACGAUUCGAUCCAGACAGUCGAAAUCCCGCGGUCAAUGCGACGACCUGGUCAUUGCUGGUGGCCUCAUGGCUCAGUGUCCUGUCGCGGCUGAUCAGCAAGUAUCGCACCGUCCGUCGCUUCACCGGCGAUGAUUAUCUGAUCGUUGUAUCGGCGAUCCUUUGCACGGCGCAGUCCAUCGCGGUGUCUAUUAUGGUGGCCAAUGGAUACGGGAGUCACGUCGGGGAUGUUUCGCUUGGACGUUUCGAGGCGUUGAUGAAGGCCCAGUAUGCCGCUAGUCUGUUAUACAUCUCCAGCCUCUACCUAUCCAAACUGUCGCUGUGCGACUUCAUCUGUAACCUCUCCCCGAAGUCCCGCGACCAUCGGUUCGCUACUGUCGUGCAGUCCAUGACCACCCUCUGGGCCAUAACCUCGCUCUUCGGCACGGCCUUCCAGUGUCCACCUCGCCGGACGUGGGACUAUCGCCAGGGGGGAUGUAUCAAUCUGAUCGCGUGGCAAUACUUUUUCUGCACGGCGAAUCUAGUGACGGAUCUGGGCUUGAUCGCACAGGCACUCUUCUUGAUUGUAAGAUUGCACGCGCCCGUCAAGAAACGAUGUCUUUUCGCGACUAUCUUUCUCACCCGUAUCCUGGUUCUCGGUGCCAUCAUCGCUGAACUGGUCCUUAUUCAGGAUCUGACGCAGCUACCGGAUCCUACAUAUGAUUACUGCUACAACACGGUUACUAUGCAGUUGGUACAGUGCGCCAGCAUAGUUACAGCCUGCUGGGGCCAGUUGAAACCGUUCCUGAACCAGAUGAAGUCCAACGGCAUGCGCAUCCCGGGCGCUGAAUAUCCCCCUGACAAGUCAUCGCAGUCUCGCUCGCAGGGACGCAGUGAGCCCACGGGAGAUGCGCACGAUCUCAUCCCGAUUCCCCCUGGGCAGGGUAAUCUCACUACUGUGUCUACCGGGUGGGACGCACGGAGUCAGUCCAGUCAGGUAGGGAUGAUUCGCGAGACGAGGACUUGGGUGGUGACCGAUUCGAGUAGUUUAUGA